CUUUAAGCCCCGGCACCGACACACAGAGCAGGCAUUCAUACUCGGGCAGCGCGAGCGAGGGGGCUCGGGAGCGAGCGUCACUUUGGAAACUCACGGAUUCUCGUGCUAAACCGGCGACCUCCUUUUCUCAUUACUGAAGUCGUCUCUGUUGGAUAUCAACCGCGGGACAAACGGAGGAGAGAGUGAAGGGGAAGUCAGGAGGGAAGUGAGACUGGGUGAGUUUGGUGCUGACAGUUGUGCAUUAGCAGGUAAACUGGGGUCCAAGGUGCGCGCUGAGCCGCCUAUGAUACCAACAACACGGAUGGAAAGAACUUUAAUGUGGAACCCUCACAGAGUUUUGCAACGGAGGCUGAGAGUAGAGACAGACUGGCAGUUCAUAUUAUAACUUGAAGGAGCCCAGAGGGACAGAUCAGACAGCCGACACUCCGUGCAUCACUGUAGGGAUUAACAGCAUCAAGGACCCGACAGGUAGAGCUGAGCGUUUAGGAACAGACCUUGCAUCUUCUGCGCACCUGGUGGCUUGUGUGUGUGUAGGAGGAGGAUGUCCAGAGAGGAGCAGAGCUUGUCGGAGGUUGAGCUCAGCCCGGGGAUGUCGGACGACAGUCGCUCUCUGUCGCCGGGUCAUUCCUCUGGUGCGACUGGCGGGGGGGACUCGCCUCUCCACGGGCAGCAGCAGCCGCAGCUGCCGCAGCUGGCGAGUCUGGACGACUCGACGGCGGGCUGCUCGUCCAUCAAAUCCGACGAUGAGGACGACCGCUUCCCGGCAGGAAUCCGUGAUGCAGUCAGCCAGGUGCUCAACUGCUACGACUGGACCCUCGUGCCCAUGCCCGUGCGCGUGAACACCGGAAACAAGAACAAGCCGCACGUGAAGAGGCCCAUGAACGCCUUCAUGGUGUGGGCGCAGGCGGCGCGGAGGAAACUGGCCGACCAACACCCGCACCUGCACAACGCGGAGCUCAGCAAGACCCUGGGGAAGCUCUGGAGGCUUCUUAAUGAGAGUGACAAGCGACCCUUCAUCGAGGAGGCAGAGAGGCUGCGGAAGCAGCACAAGAAGGACUACCCUGACUACAAAUACCAGCCAAGACGCCGCAAGAGUGGAAAGCCAGGUUCUGGAUCAGGAAGUGAGGCCGAUGGCCAUUCGGAGGGUGAGGUCACCCACAGCCAACCUCACUACAAGGGCCUCCAGCUGGAUGUGGCCCUGAGUGGGGGAGCCGGGUCACCUCUGGCAGAUGGGCACCACCCUCUUGCUGCAGGUCAGAGUCACAGUCCUCCCACACCUCCUACCACUCCCAAGACCGAGCCUCAGUCUGGGAAGGCAGGGGAUGGAAAGCGAGAGGGUGCUGGGAAUGGGGGCUCCCGUGGUGCAAUGGGAGCAGAGGGGAGCUCAGGUGCUCCGGGAUCUGGCAAACCUCACAUCGACUUUGGUAAUGUGGACAUUGGUGAGAUGAGCCACGAGGUGAUGGCAAACAUGGAGUCUUUUGAUGUCAAUGAGUUUGACCAGUACCUUCCACCUAAUGGACACCCAGGGGUUGGGCAGAGUGCUGGGGCAGGAGCAGCUGCAACGACUUCGCCUGUCUCUCCGUACACCUACGGCAUAUCCUCAGCUCUGGCAGCAGCCAGUGGACACUCCGCAGCCUGGCUCUCUAAGCAGCAGCAGCCGCUGCAACAUCACGGCCCCCCUCUGGGCUCAGACCCUUCCAAGGCCCAGAUCAAGAGUGAGGCUGGAGGUGCUGGGGGUCACUUCACAGAGGGAGCCUCAGUAGGUUCCCAUGUCACCUACACUCCCCUCAGCCUCCCUCACUACAGCUCUGCCUUCCCCUCACUGGCCUCCAGGGCUCAGUUUGCUGAAUAUGCUGACCACCAGGCCUCAGGGUCAUACUACGCCCACUCCAGUCAGGCCUCGGGGCUGUACUCUGCCUUCUCUUACAUGGGGCCCUCCCAGAGGCCCCUGUACACUGCCAUCACUGACCCAGCCAGCGUACCGCAGUCACACAGCCCCACGCACUGGGAACAACCCAUCUACACGACACUGUCGCGGCCAUGACAGACAACGAGACCAGAGGGCACUGGUGCAGGUUCAGCCCCCAUGUCAGACCCGAGGAGCAGCAGCUACAACAGCAGUGUUGGUGGUAUCGGUGGUGAAAGUGGUCUGGGCUGGGGGGAUUGGGCAGGCACUGGGAGAGUCGGCAGGGGAGGCAGGAGGGGAGAAACCCCGUACUGCUCUCGCCCAGAUGCAGAAGCGCUGUCACAGCCCAAGGAUGAGCUUGGAGCGUGGUGCUUUUGAAGCGUGGUUGAUUAUUUGGGGCACUCAGUGUAGUAGUGAGAGAAUGUAUUACAUUGCACCCACCAUCACAGAGUUCAGGUUAGAUUCACAGCAGCCAAGCCUCUGGCGCUCUAAACAGCAUAAUUGGCAGUGUUCAUAAGUGGAAAAGGAUCAUGUCCCUGUCAGUUUGGUGACUCCAUGUAUAUCAGAGGAGACACCUUGUAGUCCACAGCCCUCCCCAAGAAUCCACAAGGGGUCAGUGGCACCAGAGAACAUGGUACACACUGAUAAUUAGCAAGACUUUGAUCUGUAUUGUGAAGGGUGUGACUGAGACGGAGCCAAAUUCAUUAUAUAUGAAAUGGGGAAUACUGUAAUAGAAGAAUGGAGUGCCAAACUAUUUGGCUGUGGCCCAUUCACUUCUCAGGCAAGAUUGACCUUUUAUCAAACUGAUGUUAGUUUUGUAUUGCUUUUGGAAAUCAAUGCAACAAUUACUGAUGUCAUUCUGUUGGUACAUUUGACCCUAUUUAAUUCAAAUGAUUAUGCUGUGUUCAUUUAACAUGCCUUUUGUACACACAAUUAACAUGCAUGGAAGAAAAAUGCCAUAAAACUCUGCUGAAGUUUUGUUAAUUGUAUAUUAAGUCAAAAAAAAAUUUUUCAUGAUGACUGACUAUUAUCAUUGAACGAUGUACUUGAAAUUACAAAUGUACGUUUAUUGAUGAAGAUUUGUAAAAUGACCAAAGUUUUGAGACCAAAACUUGCAGAACAGAAACUGAUGUUUCUCCCAACGUGACACUCAAAACUACCUUACAUUUUGUAGCUAAUUAGUUUUCUCUUAGCUGUCAACAUUUUUCCAAUGUGACUGAAACAUACUGGUGUCAAAAGCUACUUUCACCUUAUUUUUUUCCACAGUGGCACUGAUGAGUGUGAUGAGUUUCAUCAAUAUCUGACGCAUUCGUGAAGAACAUUCAUGACAAAAGACAAUGCUGAACAAAUAUAAAUGCAGCACUUUUGUUUUUGCUUCCAUUUUUCACGAGUUACAAUAAAAAAUCUUACACUUUUCGCUACACCCACAAAAGGUUUAGUUCUCUAAAAGGCUCUCCUUAAAUCCAUUUUAGUGAGCAUUUCGCCAACUUAAUCCACCCACGAGACAAGCGUGGCAUAUCAAGGUGCUGAUUAAACAGGAUGGUUAUUACACAGGUGUUGUCUUGAGCUGCUCACAAUAAAAAGCCACUCUGAAAUGUGCAGUUUGAUCACACGCUGACUGCACGGAUGAAACAAUAAGCCGAACAUAAGCAGUCUCCAAUGUCGUUUCCAAGAAUUUGGCAGUACAUCCAACUGGCCCAGUGAGCCAGUCCAGGACCUUCACAUCAAGAUCGUCUCAGCACAGCCACUGAGAUGAGCUUCCCUGAGACAGCUUCUGACGGUUUGUGUAGCAAUUCUGAGUCUGGAGGUCUUAAAUCUUAAAUCUCGAUGCUGCACUGACAUAGUAUGUUUAUUUUGAUAGAGACUGUAUGCAAAUGGAACAUUUCCUGUGAAAAUGGAAGUGUAUUUUGAAAAGACACAAUGCAUAUAACAGGCUAAAGUUGACAAGGCAUCCCACAACAUCAACAACAGACACACCCAGACUACCUUGUAAAUCGUAUGUAGACGUGAAAAGUCCACAACCAAGCAAAUAUGUGACGAGGUCGGAGUGACAAUGUGCUGCCAGGUUGGGUUACACAUGAUUUGCAGUUGUGAGGCCGAUUGGAUGUACUGCCAAAUUCUCGCACAUGACAUUGAAGACGGUUUAUGGUGGUAAAAUUAACAUUCAACUCACAGGCAACAGCUCUGGUGGACGUUCCUGCAGUUGGCAUGCCAACAGCACUCUCCCUCAAAACUUGCAACAUCUGUGGCAUUGUGUUAUGUGAUAAAUGUACACGUUUUAGAGUGUUUAGGGUGUUAUUGUGAGCCUCACAAGGCACACCUGUGUGCUAAUGAUGCAGUUUAAUCAGUAUGUUAAUAUGCCACACCUGUCAGGUGGAUGGACUUUGUUGGCAAAUUGAUCACUGACACAGAAUUUGUGAGCAAAAUUUAAGAAACCUUAGCCUUUUGUGUGCAUAGGAAAAGAAACAGAAACUCGAAAAAUGGGAUCAAAAACAAAAGUGUUGGGUUUAUAUUUUUGCUCAGCAUACUUGCAUAAUCCAUUUUUGCUUUCCAUGGCUGCAGCGUGUCAUAGAAUACAUAUAGAAGCUUUUUCAUUGUUUUAACCAUUGACUGUAUUAAUGCUUUUUGCCGUUACUUUCUCCACUAAAAAUCUGCACCACUGCCUUUUCUUUUCCUUUUUAAUAUCAUUCAAAAUGUGUAUAUAGAACAGUAUUCAACGUAAAAUGUCAGAUCUUUUGAUUGUAGUUGUGUAACUUUUAAAAAAGAAGCAUUUUGGGGACAGUUUUAAUGUGGGAGAUGCCAAUACUGAGAAACAGUUGCCAGAGAUUGAGCGAGCAAAGCUUCCUGGAGAUAAUAUGUUUUAACACAGCCUUAUAUUAAACUCAAAAUGUGCCUGGUCCUUAACAAUACCUGCUAUUCAUGCAUGAAACAGAGAAGUGUUUUAUCUGUUAUGUUUGUGCCUUUCCCAGCGUUGUGGACUAUUAGUUAAACUGUUUUACACAUUAUGUUUAUCUCUGUUUGGUAUCUGUAGUCUACUGUGUUUCCUCAUCUCCAAAACAGAACUGUAUUUUGAAUAUCUUAUUCUCCACGUGCUUUGUUUUUAUAUAUAUAUAUAUGUAUCACUCAAAUAUUCUUUAUCACUACUGGACACAGAUCCAGACAAUAUGCAUGCAGCACUGCUUGUUUUAAUUCACAGUCCAUGGAAGCUUAAAGUCUGUUUGUAUUUAACCAUUGACCUCCAGCACAAGAGGCCACGUUACAUCUUUGUUGCUAUGUGUGAAUUAUGUGUAACGUUGCUAUGAAUUUUACAUCUCCUAUUUAUAUUUGUUUCAUGUUUGUGUGCGCUGUUAAAUUGUUUCUCUCCAUUAUGAGGACAACUGUUGACUGUUACUGCCAUUUUAGUAUUUCAUUUUUUGUUUUUCUUUCUUGUAUAACUGUUGCCAGCACAGCACGGCAACACGACUUCUUAAUAACAGCAGGAGCGAAAGCCUAAACAUGUGAUGAUGACUAAUGACCUUUUGCGCUCACUUGAAAUAAAGCUCUAUUAUUUCUGCUUUGAUACAAGUCCGCCUCUUGGAAUAUUUUUAUGAGGAAAUAAAUGACGAAACUAAUAAACAGCUCAUCUCAGUCAUCAACAAAUUGCUCCUGUUUUAUGAGGUUGAUAAAAACUCAUCAACAAAAACACGUCUUUAUGGCAUCUCCGCAUAACUAAAGGAUAAUUCACUUUCGCUGGUUGGGACUCACAGCUACAGCAAUCUACAACCGUUCGCAAAGGUAAGGUGAACAUGAGUGAUGAUGCAGGUGGUGUAUGAGUGGGGACGGUGUGUUUCAAAAGCAGCACGCAUCAGAUGUACAUUCGUAGCAUGUAGCCGUCUACUGCAACUGCAAGUUUCCUCAGACUGAACUUGAACUAAUCCAGCCCCAGAUGAGGGUAAGAUUGGUUAUGCGUGCCUAUAUGCAUAUUUCAGUGUGCAUGUAUGUGUGUGUGUUUCUCUGUGUCGCGGGUUAAGCCUGACUCCUAAUUCCCUCUCUUUAAUCGGCUGUGUGAUACUUUGGAAAGACAAAGAGGGCCAUUGAAGGGGAGCUAGGGGAGGAGGGAAACAGGGGCAUUGAGGGAGCCUUACCCAUAACUGCCUGGCCUGUAGCUUCACCAGGAUACAAAGGGACUCUCAUACUUGCUCUGCACAUAGACCCUGCAACCCCCACUACCCACUACCCAACCUCCUCCUCUCAUCCCCCACACUCACCCCAUCCACUAAAAAAAACCCUCUUGUUUCAGGUUGUAAUGGGAUUAAAACAUUCCAAAAGUUAAGAGCGUUAACCAGAAGGAAGAUGUAGGUAGAGAUAUUUCAUUACGUGAAUUCUGAGCAGCAAACCGUCAAAGCAGGUGUCGUUCAGGAGCAGAAGGACUGGGAACAGACGGUCAAUGGAGCCAUGAGGUCACCCCACCACCAUACGGUGCAGAGGAAGAAUGGAUCAAAAGCAUAGUUCGUUAAGUAGAAGGGUUUCUCCAAGUCAUAGAGACACAUUGAAGUUUUGGUAAAAUGUAACUCAAGUAUUGCAGAGCUGAUCUAAGGUUCUCAUUCACCAUCCUGAUGAGACACCAAGUAAUCACAUGAAGUAUAUAGCAUGGGUAUGGACAACACUCUAAAAUAUGAAAGCAUGAAGAGAAAAAAGCUAAAGCUGGCCACAUUAGUUGGGUCUGAUCUAAAAGGGACAGUUCACCCUAUUUAUCAAUAGUCAUUGUUUUGGUGUGAGAUGCUGAG